AUGAUAAGUGAUACAGAGAGAAGUAAGAUAUUUAUAUCUGUAUUUCAAUGUCUCUCUAUUUUUGUUGAUUUUAUUACUUUGGAGAUCAAUAGCAAUGCUAUUCAUAUGUAUUCUUUUGAUGGUAUAAAUGAUGAUCGAGCACAAGUAUUAUUCUUGGAUAUUAUUUUUGAUAAAUCAUUCUUUAGUGAUUUCUUUAUUGAAAAUCCUAUUAGUAUCGUUUUGAAAGUUGAAUUGGUUGAUCUUUGUUUGAAGAAUAAAAACUCGAUUGAUUCUAUCGUCGUUAAAUACUAUGAUGAUAUAUUUGAACUCAUAUUUCAUAGAACCGGUGGUUACAUAUCAACCCACAAGAUACCUGAAAUGUUAUGUCAAUCCUCUGGUAUACCAAUCGAUCAUUCAAUCUUUUUUUUAAUUACAAACUAA